AUCAAAAUUAUUAAACUUCCAUCCCAUCAUCAUUCCUUCUUUGAACUUUCUCCCAUUCCAUCUCCCUCUGCCUCUUCCUCUUCCUCUGUUUCCUAUAUAACUCCCUCCUUUCCUCAUUCAUCUCAUAAUUCUCAUUUUCAAUCUCACUUUCUCUUCUCUCUACUUGUCCUUUACUACAUCUUCAAUCAUCAACCAUGGAAGCUCACCCCCCGAUCCCUCAUUUGGCCAUUUUACCAAGCCCUGGAAUGGGCCAUUUGAUCCCACUUAUCGAAUUCGCCAAACGCCUCCUCUCCCACCAUCGUUUAACCUUCACUUUCAUCAUCGCUUCCGAUGGUCCUCCGUCUCAGCCUCAACAAGCCCUCCUCAAUUCCCUUCCUUCCGGUAUCGAUCAUCUCUUCCUUCCUCCACUCAGCUUCGACGAUCUCCCACCAGAUUCCAAAAUUGAAACUAUCAUCACUCUAACCAUUUCUCGCUCUCUCCCAUCCCUAAGAAACGUACUCAAAUCCAUGGUUCCUCAAUCCAACCUCGUCGGCUUGGUUGUCGAUCUUUUCGGCACCGAUGCCUUCGAUGUAGCCAGAGAGUUCAACAUUUCCUCUUACAUAUUCUUCCCCUCCACUGCCAUGUUACUCUCCUUUGCUCUGUUUUUACCCAAACUCGAUGAAUCUGUCGUCGGGGAGUUCCGCGACCAUCCUGAACCAAUCAAAAUCCCGGGAUGUAUUGCAAUUGAAGGCAAGGAUCUAUUGGACCCAGUUCAAGAUAGGAAGAACGAAGCCUAUAAAUGGACGCUCCACAAUGCAAAGAGGUAUGCUUUAGCAGAUGGGAUUUUUCUUAACAGCUUCCCUGAAUUAGAGCCUGGAGCUAUAAAGUAUCUGCGAGAAGAAGAACCAGGGAAGCCCCUCGUUUACCCAAUUGGACCGUUGGUGAAAAUCGACGCAGAUGAGAAGGAAGAAAGGGCAGAGUGUUUGAAAUGGCUAGACGAACAGCCACAUGGGUCUGUUUUGUUCGUAUCAUUUGGAAGUGGGGGUACUCUGAAGAGUGCUCAAAUCGACGAAUUGGCGUUAGGAUUGGAAAUGAGUGGACAAAGAUUCAUUUGGGUGGUUAGAAGUCCUUCCGACAAAGCCGCAGACGCCACAUAUUUCAGCGUCCACAGUCAAAGUGACCCACUCGGUUUCUUACCGGAAGGAUUCCUAGAAAGAACGAAAAACAGGGGAAUGGUGGUGCCGUCGUGGGCGCCACAAGCUCAAAUUCUGAGCCACGGCUCCACCGGUGGAUUUUUAACGCAUUGUGGAUGGAAUUCAACGUUAGAGAGUGUGGUAAAUGGGAUUCCUCUGAUUGCUUGGCCGUUGUACGCAGAACAGAGAAUGAACGCAGUGAUGCUUACGGAAGAGAUUAACGUGGCAUUAAAGCCAAAAAGGAAUGAGAAAACAGGGAUAGUGGAGAAGGAGGAGAUAUCGAAAGUGGUGAAAUCUUUGUUGGAAGGAGAAGAAGGGAAGAAACUGCGUCGGAAAAUGAAGGAAUUGAAAGAAGCAUCGGAAAAAGCAGUUGGAGAAGAUGGAUCAUCCACUAAGAUAGUGACCAAUUUGGUGAACAAUUGGAAGGCUAAAAUUUCCACUUAGGAGAAACUCUAUUUCAAAUUUGAAAUUUUAUGCUUUUGUUAAUUUUAUGUGUUUGUUCCUAAUAAAAGUAUUCCUUCAUUUGUUCAUUGUAAAAAAUUGAUCCUUCACCAUUUAGUAUAAAUAAAUAUAUAUAAUUUAUUUUGAAA